AUGGCCGAAUUCGUGCGCGCCCAGAUCUUUGGAACUACCUUUGAGAUCACCUCGAGAUAUUCCGACUUGCAGCCUGUGGGCAUGGGAGCCUUUGGUCUCGUCUGCUCCGCCCGCGACCAGCUGACGAACCAGAAUGUUGCCGUCAAGAAGAUUAUGAAGCCGUUCAGCACUUCGGUCCUCGCCAAGCGAACCUACCGUGAGCUCAAGCUGCUCAAGCAUCUCAGACACGAAAACGUCAUUUCUCUGAGCGACAUCUUCAUCUCCCCCCUUGAAGACAUCUAUUUCGUCACCGAGCUUCUCGGCACAGACUUGCACCGGCUGCUCACUUCGCGGCCUCUUGAGAAGCAAUUCAUCCAGUAUUUCCUCUACCAGAUCAUGCGGGGUCUGAAAUACGUUCACUCUGCGGGGGUCGUCCACCGCGACCUCAAGCCCAGCAACAUCCUUGUCAACGAGAACUGUGAUUUGAAGAUUUGCGACUUCGGCCUCGCCCGUAUCCAGGAUCCCCAGAUGACCGGCUAUGUCUCGACGAGAUACUACCGCGCCCCCGAGAUUAUGCUCACAUGGCAAAAAUACGAUGUCGAGGUCGAUAUUUGGAGUGCCGGCUGCAUCUUUGCCGAGAUGCUCGAGGGCAAGCCUCUUUUCCCCGGAAAGGACCACGUCAACCAGUUUUCGAUAAUUACGGAACUGCUCGGCACUCCCCCCGAUGACGUCAUCAACACAAUCGCCAGCGAGAACACCCUGAGAUUUGUCAAGUCGCUACCCAAGCGCGAGAGGCAGCCUCUCAAGAACAAGUUCAAGAACGCCGACCCUGCCGCCAUCGAGCUCCUCGAGCGGAUGCUGGUCUUUGACCCCAAGAAGCGUGUCACCGCGACAGACGCGCUGGCCGACGAGUACCUCGCGCCCUACCACGACCCCACCGACGAGCCGGUGGCCGACGAGAAGUUCGACUGGAGUUUCAACGACGCCGACCUGCCGGUGGACACAUGGAAAAUCAUGAUGUACUCGGAGAUCCUCGACUACCACAACAUAGAGUCCAGCAUGCAGCAAGGUGACGGCACCGAGUUCGCCCCGCAAUAA